GAACUAGUUGUUUGACAGAUAUUAAAGCACAAUUGCAAAGCUGGGGUUCCAUGACAAGAUGAAUCUGGUACUGAAGCCUUGUCAAGAAGGUUCUGAGGCCAUCCUCCAUGGGGAGUUUGGGUCCUACCCCCCUAAGGGGAUCCGCUAUGCCCUCAGCCUCACCCGGACUGAACUGCAUAUCCAACGCCUAGUACCCAAGCCGGACACUGAUCAACGGACCGUGAUACGGCUGAUAGAUGUGGUUGGUUGCCACACACUACGCAGUCAUACAGUAGCAAACCAGUCAGCAUUCUUCUGCAUCUUUGCCUAUCCACUGAAGAAAAAAAAGGUGGCCGUGGGCUCAGGACGGGCCCGGCAGCGGAUUGCAAAGACCUUUCAAGUGGAUGGAGCAGAGCACUACAAGGAAAACCAGGCUCUUGCCGAAAAAUGGGCAGCUGCCAUCAAGUGCCUAGUGUUGGGGAUUCCAAUUUCCAGUGAAACAGAGAUUAGCUGUAAUCUAUUGCCACGUUCCCGCCGCCUGCUCCUCUUGCUCAACCCCUUUGGGGGCAAAGGUAACGCACUGCAGUGGUGUCAGAGUCACAUCCUUCCCAUGAUUACUGAGGCAGAUGUCAGCUUCAACUUGAUCCAAACAGAGAGACAGAACCACGCCCGGGAGCUGGUGCAGAGCAUCUGUUUAGAUGAAUGGGAUGGUAUUGUGGUCAUUUCAGGAGACGGACUUCUUCAUGAGGUUAUUAAUGGUUUGAUGGAGCGUCCUGACUGGGAGGAAGCAGUUAAAAUGCCUCUGGGGAUUCUUCCCUGCGGAUCUGGGAAUGCCGUGGCAGCAGCUAUUAAUUGUAGUGCUGGGUUUGAACAGGUCUUGGGCCAGGAGCUGCUGACAAACUGCACCCUUCUGCUCUGCCAUGGGGCAAUUUCUCCCUUGGACCUGGUCUCCAUCACCACCGCAUCAGGCACCCGUGUCUUCUCUUUCCUGAGUGUGGCCUGGGGCUUCAUUUCAGAUGUGGACAUCGAAAGUGAGAAGUACCGGCACAUGGGCCCAGCCCGGUUCACCUUGGGGACCAUGGUUCGCCUGGUUUCUCUCAACACUUACCGGGGCCGGCUCUCCUACCUUCCUGCUCUUGGUUGUGCAACUCAUCGGCCGAUUUUGCGCAGUAUCACCGUAGCCGCCAAUGGGAGCCUUCCCUUCCAGCACCUGCCCCUCCACCGCACGGUCUCUGAUAUGGGCCUUUGCGAGGAGCGCCAAGCCUUCCGCCAUCGUGAGAUGGAGUCAGCUGAGGAGCCCACCCCCUCACCUAGCUCCCCACCUUCUUCUUCCAGCUUCCAAGCAUCCAACUUCAGUUUUGAAACCUUGUCAGAAGUGACAGUUGACAAGGAGUCCCAGCACACCGAUCUGCCCAAAGUUCUAUCAGACCGGUUGCCUUCUGCCCGGCAAAUGCAUGGCCCUCUGGAUGACUUUCUGGCCCCACUUGAACAACCGGUGCCCAAGUCCUGGGUGACGGUGGAGGACGAUUUUGUGCUGGUUUUGGCCAUUUACCAGACUCACUUAGGGGCAGACCUCUUCACCAUGCCCAUCGCUGGCUUUAAUGAUGGUCUUAUCCAUCUUUGCUUUGUCAGGGCGGGUAUCUCCCGGGCAAACAUGAUUCGCCUCUUCUUAGCUAUGGAGAAAGGCACUCAUUUUGAGCAUGAGAGUCCUUAUUUUACACACCUGCCUGUCCGAGCUUUCCGCAUAGAACCUCUCACUCACAAGGGAAUCAUUACCAUUGAUGGGGAACGGGUGGAAUAUGGGCCCAUUCAGGGACAAAUCCAUCACGGGGUUGCCAACUUAGUUACUGGGAUCAACCAGUCUAAGCUGACUACCUUCUGA